AUGAGAGAAAUUGUCCUAGAUACAGGAUCUGGAUCAGUUGUCAGAACAGGACAGUUCAAAAAGAGAUGCAGGAACAAACGACCGUCGACAGUUGUCAUCCAUCAUCAUCAUCAUCAUAAACAUCGUGAUAAUGAUGAUACUAACGACCCGCCUGUGGAAGUUGAACAAGAAGUGAUUCCUCUGCCACCAGACGGCCAGAUAGAUCCUGACAAAAAGUGA